AUGGGUAUCAGGCAACAGCAUAUCAACGUUGCUCCUUCUACAGGAUCUUUUCCUAAUUGGAGAUCUAUACUAUCACCAACACGGCCUUCCACAGAAACUAAGACUUCCUCAGUAGCUGAUAUUUCAAUGGGACAGACUUUGGAGAAUGCAAACUUGCUUCAGAUGAUAAAAACAACACUGACUGGCACACGUACCAGGACUUUGGAUCAAACUCAUCUGUCACCCACCCUGUAUCAAGGCAGUGGAAACAGUGCAUCCCAAGAACCUGCUGAGGUUUCAGCUGAGUUGCCUCUGAGGUCAUCAUCUCAAGAUGCAGAUGAAACAGCUGCUGUAUCAGGUUUGCCUCAACUUGGUAUGUUUGUCACAUUGUCCACUACACCAUCAGCGACACAUUCAAGUACAGCUGUGCCAUUUCAGCCUAUACCAUUAGAAACACCCUCAAUUUCAAAAGAAAGCGUAUCAGGAUCAGACAUGCUUGCUGCUGUUCCAUCACCUUCAUUCUCAUCAUUGGUAAUUCAGUCACCUCAUAUCAUUAACUUUUCUAAACCAGCUGUACUGCCCAUCAAAGUGCCUUUGUCUGCAGAUCCUGAAGGCUUCUUCAACACAGCUUCAGCCAGCUCACAGGUUAGUGAAAGCAGAAAUAGUCCUCUAAGCAUGGUCACUGUAUUACAUUCCAGUGUGGUGAACCGCAGAAGGGGCCCCGAGUUGUUUACAAGUACCAUGCCUUUCAAGCUCUUUGGAUCUACAACAGUGCAUUUCAUAGAAAUAGUGGGAAAGGGGUAUCCUUCUAAAAGGACCUCUUUAUUGUCUGUAUACUCUGAUACUCCUGUGUCAAAAACAUACCAGUCUUCCCUGCCAGUAACUUCCAGAAGCCUGUCAUUGUUUCCUAAUGAGAGCGUGUAUAAUGUAUCUUCUACUGGAGUAAAACCAAACAGUCAGCCGUUUAAGGCAGUGUUGACUGACAGAAACAGAGAUAUCACUCCCCUGUCAUCACUAGUUUUUCAGGAUAAAGCAGAGGUUCCUACAUCAGUCUUCCAUCUUGUGGAUACUCCACACCUAAUACCCCAAAUGAGUCAUUGUCAGUCUUCCACAGCACUGACUAAUUGCACGACAAGCACUACCAGUGCACCUCUCAUGUCAUCAGUUUCUGAGAGUCUGGCUAAGGUCUCCAGCUCAACAGAGAGCACAUCUUCCCUUUCAUUGCCAAAAUCACUUAUUCCAGAUGCAAAGCACACUCACAAUGCAGUGCUGCCAGUAGAAGCAUUUAUAAAUGAAACAGAUAUUCUCUUUAGAAAUGCAACACACUCCUCUUCAACAACCACAAGGUCUCCCUUGCUAAGUGAGACAAAUGACACCUUUACUAAGAUAGCACGCACAAACAGUCCCGGUGCAGCAGCAACUGAUGAGGGUACUUUGCAAAUCCCUUUGAUUGUUCCCUCACAGCACUCAGUGAUGGUUCUGAAUCAGACUUUUGUGGAAGACCUGAUGAAUGGAGCUUAUCAGGCAAGCAGCAUGCGAUUGCCGACUGCUUCUGCACAUAGUGUCCCAACUUCUGAUGGCUUUCCUGUGGCAAGAACAGCUCAGAAGCCAUUCAUGAGAGGAGUGACAGCAAAGAUGUCUGCAAACUUUAAUGCUAAUAUUGUUCUGCCUUAUAGAUCUCAGCUUUCCAAAGUUACUUCAGAAAUACAAACCAGUAAACUCCCCAGAGGAUCAAAGAUACUAGGCACCGUUCUGGAAACGCGCAUGGCUAGUCCUCAUCUAGCUGCAGUGCUGUUGAAUACUUCCACUACAGGCCUUUCAAAACCUGAACCUGCUAUCACAAAUACAUCUGCUGCGAGUGUCUUUGUGACUGCACAUCUUCCCCCUGGUGCUGCAGAGAGUCCAGACGUAACUGCAAAUAAAGACAGGAGUAUGAAAAUACCCCGUGUUGUGACCCCACGUGCAGAAUAUUCACCUCCAGAAGCUUUCAAUCAUUUUACCUCUGGUCAGACUUCACCUUCAGUUGAUAGAAAGUAUCUCGCCUCCAUCACUCCUCCAAUUUGGGGUAUGCAGCCAUCUCUGGUUUCCGUGACAACGGUGAUGGCUAGCCAAGGCUCCAGCUUUUCUGGGAUUUCGAGUGCAGACUCUGAAGGCAAUUUAGAUCCUGUCAGCUCUCCUGAAGUCGCAACUUCAACUUCUAUGUGGACCAAUACAGCAUUGCUGUCUUCAGCUGGCAUUAGUAUUCCUUUGGUAAAUACUUCAAUCAAAAUGGGAAUAAGAGAAGUUUCGCCAAGUACUUCUCCAUGGGAAACUGAGUACCGUGUACCAUACUCAGUAAUUUCAAGUCUGCAAAAGAAAAUGAAUACAAAUAAGCAGUCGCUUUUCUCCACCCCUUCAGAAAACCUUACAUAUACAAACUCUAGUAAAAAUGUUUCAAAUUUACCCUUCACUGGAACAAAGUCAAACAGUUUUCUGGAAUUUUAUGUAGAUGCAUUUGCACUGAAAACAUCUCCUGUUCAGCAUUCAUCUCUUGUUACCAGUUUGACAGUGCCUGACCCUCUGCAAAAAAAGCAUGGAAGCACAGCUGAAAAUAUUGCUAAUUUCUUCACUGUUGGAGAUGUUAAUAUCAGUAUACACUAUGAAGCACCUCCCCAUUUAAAUGUGCUUCCUGUUAAUGAUACAGGUGCUUUCCCUAGCUUUCUAGAAUCACAACCAUCUGAUGGUGGAAAGAUUACUUUGCUUAAAAAAACCUUGGGCACACCACCAACAUUGGCUUUUCAGCUCACUGACAACUUGACUUUUUCAGCCAGCUAUGAAAACAGUGCCAUCCACAGCAUACUGCCAACUGAGUCCCCCUUUCCCCAAACCAAGCCUUCUAGCUCAACUCUCUUGCAUAGUUUUAUUACAGAAGAGGACAUCAGUUCUGGAAAUUUGCCAGAAUUUGCAGAUGAUCAAUUAGAAUCCUCUGGUUAUUUGAUUACAGCUGAUAAAAAUCCAGCUACAUUUAGUGUGGAGGAGUGGGACACAAGUGCUACAAGACAUAGUCUAGUUCCCAGUAAUAUAUCUAAGAAAACUACCAAGGGCAUCCCAUUGCAAACCCCUAACACCAGUGCUCUGCAGUCAGUCAUCAUAACUUCUGUCCAUGCAUCACCAACACCACUAACUUCUCCUUUUUUGUCAACAACCAACUUUACUCAUUCUGUCAUUACAGUGUUAUCUGGAGUAUCUUCUGGUGCAAUACCUACAGUAGGAACUUCAGAAGCAAAACCACUAACAAGAAAAUCAUCUCCAGCUUCACCAGUGCCAGCUUCUUCCUUCUUUUCUCUAGGCACUGAAAACACACCUUUGCCAUCUGUGAUGGCUUUAAGCACACCGAUAGUGACACUAACAAAAAAUCACACUACCACAAAAUUGGCGUCAGAUCUAAGCUCAGUAGGAACACAUACAGAUUUUCCUUUUGCAACAAGAAACACGACUGCAUCACCUGUGGACAUGACAGCUGUGCUCAUAACCCCUAAAAGCGGCACAGUCACAGCUUCCACACUUGCAUCCACAGCACAUAUACCAAGGCAGAUGGAAACAACAGUAACUGACAUCCAGAAGUUCCUAAGCUCAGAAAUCACCAAAACGUCAACCCCAUAUCCACUGACAAUUACAGCAGCUUUGACAUCUAUUACAGCAUCAGCGAAAACAACUAGGCUUCUCCCUACUCCAGUGGAAAACACCUCUGCUCCUCCCGAAACCACAGCAGCAGCCGCUUUCGCUAACAUGACAGCAGCUCCUCCCCUGGAUUGCCGGCUCUCCAGGAACCUUAUGGUUAAAACAGUUCUGAUUCUGAACACAAGGAGAAUGCUGAUCAGCAGUCCCUUCAAGGAGAGUGUGAGAAGAGGCCUCAACCAAGUGUUGAGACAAGCUUUCAACCAAAAUGUCAGCGCUCAGGUUGAAAUCCUGGAACAAUCAAAUAAUGUAACAGUUGGUUACUAUGUUACACGGGGCAGACUGGUUUUUAUGCCAGCUGCUGUAAUUGAAAGGCUUCUGGCGUACGGCAUUAGCAACGCCACAGCUGACAUCAAGCAGCAUGUACCACAUCUCCAGUCCAUAGCAGCCUUGGCCUUGCCAUGGAAGCCCCUUCCUGCAUACCGCUUCCAGCUGAAAACAGAGCUGCAGUUUGUGGGCCAAACGGACAAUAUACAGUCAUGCAAAUUUGUUCAGACCAUGGAGCAACGGUUACAGAGAGCAUUUCAGGAUGCUGAAAGAAAGGUCUUAAACACCAGCAACAACUUAACAGUUCAGAUUUUGAACACCUCCAAUGUCUCCCAAGCUGUCACUCUGUUUUAUGUAGUGAGCAAUCAAAGCACAACUCUAAAUGGCACUAUUUCCAGCAACCUUCUUAAUCAGCUGUCAGCUGAGCUGGUGGGUUUCUAUCUAACCUACCCACCUCUCACCAUUGCAGAAUCUUUGGAGUAUCCAAACCUUGAUGUCUCAGAGUCAACUAGAGAUUACUGGGUGAUAACAGUUAUUCAAGGGGUUGAUAUUGCAUUACUGGGGCUGAAUAAUCAAAGCUUUGCAAGAUUAAUGGAGCAGCGUUUGGCCCCGCUGUUUAUGAUGUCCCAUCAGCAAGCAAGACGAUUCAAACGUGCUACUACUGUGGGCAGCUACACUGUGCAGAUGGUAAAAAUCCAACGUAUUCCAGGACCCAAGGAGCCGGCUGAACUGACAUACUAUACUUUAUACAAUGGGAAACCUUUGCUGGGCACCGCAGCUGCCAAAAUAUUGAGUACUGUUGACUCCCAGAGGAUGGCGUUGACACUCGGUUAUGUUAUUCAAGUUCAAGCUGAUCCUGUGGUGAAGAACCCCCCGAACAACCUGUGGAUCAUUGCAGCAGUGCUGGCUCCCAUUGCUGUGGUUACAGUUAUCAUUAUCAUCAUCACAGCCGUUCUGUGCAGAAAGAACAAGAACGACUUCAAGCCAGACUCCAUGAUGAACCUGCCUCAGAGAGCUAAA